AUGAAAUUUUACCACUGUGAAAUUCUGAAAGAAAAUGUAAAGCUACUGUUAAAAAUUUCAGAUCUACUGAAGGUCAACAAUGAAAACCAAACCACAUUUACUGACUUUAUUUUGUUGGGCCUCACAAAUCAACCCGCCCAGGUGGUGAUAUUCAUCUUUCUGUUCCUUGCCUACUUGCUAAGCAUCUUAGGAAAUGUGACUAUCAUCAUACGCACUCUGGUGGACGCUCAACUCAAGACUCCCAUGUAUUUCUUCCUCCAGAAUUUCUCCUUCUUAGAAGUUUCCUUCACAUCCAUUUUUAUUCCAAGGCUUCUGACCAGCUUGACAACAGGAAAUAAAUUCAUCAGCUUUGCUGGCUGCUUGACUCAGUAUUUUUUUGCUAUAUUCCUUGGGGCAACAGAGUUUUACCUCCUGACUUCUAUGUCCUAUGACCACUAUGUGGCCAUCUGCAAACCCCUGCAUUACCUGACCAUCAUGAGCAGCAGAGUCUGCAUACAACUUGUGUUCUGCUCCUGGCUAGGGGGAGCCCUGGCUAUCUUGCCACCAAUUAUCCUGAUAAGCCAGAUGAAUUUCUGUGCCUCCAAUGUUCUGAAUCAAUAUUACUGUGACUAUAGACCCCUCCUAGAGGUUGCCUGCUCAGACACAAGCCUUUUAGAAUUAACAGUCAUCUUCUUAGCAGUUGUGACUUUGGUGGUUACUCUGGUGCUGGUGACACUUUCUUAUACAUAUAUUAUCAGGACCAUUCUGAGGAUUACUUCUGCCCAGCAAAGGACAAAGGCUUCUGCCACUUGUUCCUCCCACAUGAUUGUCAUCUUGCUCUCUUAUGGCAGCUGCAUCUUUUUAUACAUGAACCUAUCACCAAAAAAAGGAGGGAAUUUCAACAAGGAAAUAUCUCUGCCCGUGACUUCAGUUAGCACUUUGUUGAACCCCCUUAUUUAUACCUUAAAGAAUCAGCAAGUGAAGCAAGCUUUUAAGAACACAGUAAAA